UCCAAACUCAUGACCUUGGAGGACAGAUGCGGUUGCAAUGUCCUUGCGAGUCGUAUUUACAAUGCGUUAGGAUCCAUGGUAACCUUAUUAUUUCAUAUUCUGCGUAUAGUUUGAAGAUCAUCGUCUGAUCCAUGUUAGUCCCAGAAUAGUGAAUAAACUAGUAGAUUUCAUACGUUAUGGACCGAAGAAUAUGCAAGUUGUUUGUGAUUUUGAUCACACAUUGUCCAAAUACAUUCACAAUUCUGAGAAGGUUCCUGUUUGUCAUGAAUUGUUCAUGAAAAAUCCUAGAAUUCCUGAGACAUCUAGAUUACGGCUCAAAGAGCUUCUGGGCCUUUAUUUACCGCUUGAAACGUCUUGCGGCAUAUAUGAGUGCGAGAAGUUGUCACUCAUGAUGGAAUUUUGGAAAUUGGCCCAUAAAGCAUUGGUUGAUGGAAAUCUAUCUCGAAGUGAUAUUGAUGGUUGUGUUUUGGAAGGUGGAAUAGUCUUAAGGAAUAAUGCAACUGAUUUUGUAAAUAAGUUGGCUGAACUCAGCAUACCACUAAUUAUAUUCUCUGGAGGCAUAGGAAAUGUUAUAGAGACAGUUCUGACAUCGUCAGGUGUAUCCUUGGAAAAUGUUCGUGUUGUUUCAAAUUUUAUGGACUUCAAUCCUGAAGGUCGUUUGGUUGGAUUUCAAGAUCCUGUUAUUCAUUCUCUUAAUAAAAUGUAUAAUGUAAUACAAAAUUCUGAAUAUUUUGAAACCAUUCUGUCGAAAAGACUUUGCAUUCUGCUUAUUGGUGACUCAACUAAUGAUGCAAAGAUGAUUGAUGAUGGGGAAAAGUUUUCUUAUGAACAAGUUAUAGUUAUUCGUAUAGGAUUUUUAAAUGAAAAAGUAAGUAUUUUUAGGCUCAAUAUCCUUUUACAAAUCGAAUCUAUUCUUUUGUAAAUUUCUUGUGAACGUGGAUUUCAGCUAUUGAUAUUAAAACUGUCUGUAUCUAUAAUUUGAGAGAAGUAGUAAAAAAACGUUUGAUUUAAUUUCAUAGGAUUGUUGAAGUUCAUAUGUAAGAUAUCUUCAAAACUUCAGUAAUUCGAGAUAUGUUCCACUGAUACAUUGUAUUGAUGAUUCGAGACUGUAGUUAAAACAAUGUUCAGUUUUCGACUAAUCUGGUGUUAAAUCAAACAUGAAUAGAGACUCAUUCCUUUCAGAAUGACGAGAAAGUGGAAUUAUUCAGUUCAUUAUACGAUCUGGUUCUUUUGAAUGACGAGACAUUUGAUAUUCCUUUGUUUAUCUUAUCAUCUAUUGUUGAUUCUACUGAACUAUGUAAACAUGAGAGCAAGAAUGAGACCCCAAAUAUCUGACAAUAAUGCUUUUAAAGAAAUGAGUGUUUCUGAUAAAAACUGUAUUCUAAUUAUAAUAAAGUAUUUAAAUCCUUG